AUGGCGCCGUCUGCAUCCAAGGAAAAGCGCCUCGCCAAGCGCGCUGCUGAGGGGAAGAAGACUGUCGCCUCGCGGUCCAAGGCGAACUCCAAGACUGCCAGCGCAGCCGCAUCUGUGAACGGCGACGAGACACCCCCGGCCGAGAUUGACGCUUUCGGAAACCCGGUCGAGCCUGAUGAGCCCGCUACGUCUUCGGACAAGAUGGGCGAGGUUAAGCGCCUGGCCGAGCAGCUCGACAAGCAUGGUCUUUCGGACCGCGUCACCACCGGUGUCCUAUCCUCAACCGCUGCCAGCAAAGACGUGAAGAUUACCAGUGUAAGCUUGGUGUUCCACGGUCGGGUGCUGAUCACAGAUUCCACCCUCGAACUCACGUUGGGCCGCCGAUACGGUUUGUUGGGCGAGAACGGCUGCGGCAAGAGUACGCUGCUGAAGGCCAUCGCCGCCCGCGAGUACCCGGUUCCCGAGCAUGUAGACAUCUAUCUCCUGAACGAGGGUGCCCCCCCGAGCGACAUGGGCGCCCUGGAGUGGGUCGUUACGGAAGCCGAGCGCGAGAUGGAGCGCCUUGAUAAGCUGGCCGAGAAGCUGCUUGAGGAGGAGGGUCCCGAGUCUCCCGUCCUGAUGGAUCUUUACGACCACAUGGAAACGAUGGACCCCGCGACCUUCGCGACUCGCGCCUCGCUCAUUCUGACGGGUCUGGGCUUCAACAAGCAAACCAUCCACAAGAAGACCAAGGACAUGUCUGGUGGGUGGAGGAUGCGUGUCGCUCUCGGCAAGGCGCUUUUCGUCAAGCCCACCCUCCUGCUCCUUGACGACCCUACGGCCCAUUUGGAUCUCGAGGCUUGCGUGUGGCUGGAGGAGUACCUCAAGAAGUGGGACCGUACCCUUGUUCUUGUCUCCCACUCAAUGGAUUUCCUAAACGGCGUGUGCUCCAACAUGAUCGACAUGAGGGAGAAGAAGCUCAUCUACUACGGUGGAAACUACGACUCUUACGUCAAGACCAGGUCUGAGCAGGAGACCAACCAGAUGAAGGCCUACCACAAGCAGCAAGACGAAAUUGCCCAUAUCAAGAAGUUUAUCGCCAGCGCCGGUACCUACGCCAACCUGGUCAGACAAGCCAAGUCGCGUCAAAAGAUUCUCGACAAGAUGGAGGCGGAUGGCUUCAUCCAGCCUGUCGUUGCCGACAGGGUCUUCACUUUCCGCUUCGCUGAUGUCGAAAAGCUUCCCCCGCCGGUUCUGUCCUUCGAUGCUGUGACCUUUUCCUACUCGGGCGACCCUAAGGACGACCUGUACCGCAACAUUGACCUCGGUUUCGACAUGGAUUCGCGGACUGCCCUUGUUGGCCCGAACGGUGUCGGAAAGUCCACACUUCUGCGUCUCAUGACCGGCAAGUUGUCUCCCACCGGCGGUUCCGUGACCAGGCACACUCAUUUGAAGCUGGGUCUCUACUCACAGCAUUCCGCUGAGCAGCUCGACCUUACCAAGUCGGCCCUGGAUUUCGUGCGCGACAAGCACAAGGACAAGUCGCAGGACUACCAGUACUGGAGGCAGCAGCUCGGCCGCUACGGCCUGACGGGAGAGGCUCAGACCCUCCCCACCAACGGGUUGGAUAUCCCCACAAUCGACAGUUUGGCGGAUGCGAUCAACGCGUUUAGCGGCGGAGUCAUUGUCGUCAGUCACGACUUCAGGUUAUUGGACAAGAUCGCCAAGCAGAUUUUGGUGUGUGAGAACAGGACUAUCAAGCAAUGGGAUGGCACCAUCUCCGACUACAAGAACUACCUGCGGAAGAAGAUGAUUUCCGCUGGCGCCGUUUGA